GCGAAAGGGUACAGUGUCCUCAUCUUGGUUUCUCCCAACUUUCUCAGUCCCACAGACGGCAACACAACAAAGAUAAACCCUUCAAGUGCCACAACUGUCAUCGGGCGUACACAGAUGCAGCCUCACUCGAGGUGCACCUGUCUACGCACACGGUGAAGCAUGCCAAGGUGUACACCUGCACCAUCUGCAGUCGCGCAUACACAUCGGAAACAUACCUAAUGAAGCAUAUGCGCAAACACAACCCUCCUGAUCUCCAGCAACAAGUGCAGGCAGCCGCGGCGGCAGCAGCAGUGGCCCAGGCCCAGGCCCAGCCGCCGCCACACUUCCAGUCUCCCGGGGCAGCCCCCCAGGGCGGAGGCGGCGGGGACAGCAACGCCAACCCUCCACCCCAGUGUUCCUUUGACCUGACGCCCUACAAGACGGCGGAGCAUCACAAGGACAUCUGCCUCACGGUCACCACCAGCACCAUCCAGGUGGAGCACCUGGCCAGCUCUUAGAGAUCCGUGCUGCCACCCCCCGGGGCGAGGAGCAAGCAGCUCUGGUCCCUUCUCUCUCCGACUCCGCUUGGUGGGAAACAUCCUCUUCCUCCUCGACAGGCCUUGGCUCCGCCUCCUGGGCCUCCGGCCCGGCUUUCCUUCUCGAGAUAGCAUCCUUACUCUCAAUGCCUCUCCCAAAGGAACAGCAGCCCUCCUGAUCGACAAAGGAACACUGAGCUGGCGGUGUCACACAGCAGCCUCCCCUCCCAAGCAGAGCUUUUAAGACGGGGUUGGUGCUCAAGGGAAGGAUGUGCUGUGACCUCACAGAAACUGGUUCGGUGUGGGCACUUAACCCUGUCCUUACCCUCCUCAUCCUCCAAGUUUGGGCCGGUAGGAGACUAGAGGCUGGCCCUGCCAGACAGCAGAAAAGGGAGCCCCAAAUGCAACCAGCCUCCUGUUCUGUUCUUGCCUGCAGGAGAACAGAGGUUUCUCACAAGCCCCAGCCCUUAAGAGCCAUUUUCUUCCCCUAUGUGAUCUCACUUCACUUCCUGGCAACUGCUGGUAGAAGGAGAUUUGAGUAGGGAUUAGACCUCCUUUCGUUUGUGAGGGGGCAAGGGCUGAGAUGUGGUCCCCAAGGGGCCAGAGAUUCCCACGUGGUCACGUGUGGCUUAAAAGUGGGUUAUGGUUUCACUGAUUUCCUCGGAGCCUGUCCUCCGUUGCCAGCCUAGGCCCUAUCGUCUUGGUCUCCCCAGCCCAGCCCCCCGGAGCUGUGGGAGCUUUGUGUUCUCCAGGAAGCCCCAAAAGAAAGGGUGCUGCAGAGAAUGGAGAGUUCAGGGCAAACACAAGGACUGGACUUAGCUCCCUAGGUGCCACGGUCAGAUGCCGGACACGGAUUUAUAUAUAAAUAUAUAUAUAUAAAUAUAUAUAUACCCACUCAUCACGGCCAUCUUUGUUGUAACCAUUUCUGUGUUUAUAAAUGCAUUAUCUCUGAGAAUUUUCAUAUUUGAUGUUUUGGUUGUUUUAUUUUUCUUUUUUUCCUCCUCCACCCUGUCCUCUGGCCACAGCAUUUUGAUUUCUUUUCAUCUCUUUUUUUUUAAUCGUACAGAUUUCAGAGAAAAGGAAAUUUUAAAAAAAUCAGGAAACAAGUUGUUAUAAAGCAAUUUAAAAAUGAAGAAAAAAAAAACUUAUGUACAAACCAAGGGGUGUUUUUAGAACAUUGUAUAGAAAUAAAUUCAUGUAAAAGGA